AGGCCCAGGCCCUCCCGCGGCCCGCCCGAGGCGCCCCGUUGCCCGGCAUGUGGGGCGGAGGCGGACCCGGCUGGGGCGGCGGCGACGCGUGGGGCGGCGGAGGCGGAGGGUGCGCCUGGGCCGGCCAGGGCGACGGCAGCUGGGGCGCCGGAGGCGGCUUCGGCGGCCCCAACGCGUGGGGCUGCGGCGGUGGCUGCGGCGGCGGCUGCGGCGGCUGCGGCGGUGCGAACACCUGGGCCGGCGGCUGCGGCGGCGCGGGCAGCUGGAGCGGGUACGGGCCCGCGGGCACAUUCGGCUGCGAGAAGGGCGGCAAGGGCUUCGGCCCCCCUGGGCUUUCGGGCGUCGCGGGCUGCCCUGGCGGCGUGCCCGCCUUGCCCGGCGGCGGCUGCGGCAGGGGCGCGUGCGGCCCGCCUGGUGGCACUGGUCCCCAGGGGGCGCCAGUCACCAAGAAGGUGUAUAUAGGCGGCCUGCCGACGCCCUCCACGGAGGACGAGAUUGUGGCGCACUUCUCCCAGUUUGGUGAUGUGGCAGAAGUCAACUUGAAGCUUAAGGCCCUGGUCCCCUGCGGCUUCGUCACAUUCAGCGAGCUCGCCUCCGCGCAAGCCGUGAUCGACAACUUUGAGUACAACGUGUUCAAGGGGCAGUGGAUCGAGUGCAAGCCCGCGGAUCCUUCGAUGGACGUUGCCGACUCGCCCUCCCAGGCCGC